AUGUUCUCUCAGAGACCACUAUCAUAUGCGCCGACGCCCUACAGCUAUACUCCAAACACAGCACUAUCAGCCACCAUCAACUUGGAUGAGGAGGUUAAACCGUUUUCCUCGCCCGCCGAGAGAGAUUUGUACGAGUCGCUCGCAGAAAUAUAUAGCAUUAUUAUAACGUUGGACGGGUUGGAGAAAGCAUAUAUCAAGGAUGCGGUUACGGAAUCAGAGUACACAGAGACAUGCGCUAGGCUACUAAAGCAAUAUAGAUCCAUCCUCAGCGAUGAUACCGUGGCCACCGAAUUCGUUGAUUUAGACACAUUCAAACGUGCUUGGGAGAUGGAAUGUCCACGCGCCACCGAGAGACUACGCAUCGGCCUUCCUGCAACAGUCGAACAACCCUCUCAUGCAAUCCCCCAGAAUACAGCUACAGGACCAUCAGCAUCCGGAAGCCUUAUACUUACUGCCACAGAAAACUUCAUAACUUUUCUUGAUGCACUGAAGCUCAAUAUGCUUUCCAAAGAUGCGCUCCAUCCGCUCUUGUCAGAAGUUAUUCAGUCCGUGAAUAAAGUGACCGAACAAGACUUCGAAAACAGAGGAAAGAUAAUUCAGUGGCUUAUCACGCUGAAUCAAAUGAGAGCCACGGAAGAGCUCAGCGAAGAGCAAGCUAGAGAGUUAGCAUUCGAAAUGGAGCAGGCAUAUCAAGGAUUCAAGGCGACUCUAAACUGA